AUGCGGAGAUUUGUAAUUGGCAGAGCCAGAAAUCUCCUUGAAAAUUCGUGUCAAAACUAUCAGUUUCAACGGUAUCUGCUCUCCUCUUCUCAAUCCUCAUAUCGUUUCUUGUCCUCUACUCCUGUAGUUGAUUCCCUUUCUUCCUCUUAUUCUCCUUAUUCAACAAUGGCUCCUCCUAUUACUGUGAAUACUAUUAACCCUAAGGUCCUAGAAUGCGAGUAUGCUGUCCGUGGUGAGAUUGUCACCCUUGCCCAGAAAUUGCAACAAGAGAUACAGGCUAAGCCAGAGGCUCAUCCCUUUGAAGAGAUAUUGUACUGCAACAUCGGAAACCCUCAGUCUCUGGGUCAGCAGCCGAUAACCUUUUUCCGAGAGGUUCUUGCAUUAUGUGACCACCCAUCCAUUUUGGACAAAAGCGAAACACAGGGUUUAUUCAGUGCUGACUCCAUAGAGCGGGCUUGGCAAAUUCUCGAUCAAAUUCCUGGAAGGGCAACUGGUGCCUACAGUCACAGCCAGGGUAUCAAGGGAUUACGUGAUACUAUUGCUGCUGGAAUUGAGGCUCGUGAUGGUUUUCCUGCUGAUCCAAAUGAUAUUUUCUUGACAGAUGGUGCCAGCCCUGCGGUGCAUAUGAUGAUGCAAUUACUGAUCAGAUCUGAGAAGGAUGGAAUUCUCUGUCCCAUCCCUCAGUAUCCUUUAUACUCUGCUUCAAUUGCUCUGCAUGGUGGAACUUUGGUUCCAUACUAUCUUGAUGAAGCUACAGGUUGGGGUUUGGAAGUUUCUGAGCUUAAAAACCAACUGGAGACUGCAAAGUCCAAGGGCAUCACUGUUAGGGCCUUGGUUGUAAUUAAUCCAGGCAACCCAACAGGACAGGUUCUUGCUGAGGAAAACCAGAAGGCAAUUGUGGAGUUCUGCAAGCAAGAAGGUCUUGUUCUUCUGGCAGAUGAGGUUUACCAGGAAAAUGUUUAUGUACCUGAAAAGAAAUUCCACUCUUUUAAGAAGGUUUCCCGGUCUAUGGGUUAUGGUGAGAAGGAUAUAUCCUUAGUAUCUUUUCAGUCAGUCUCAAAAGGGUAUUAUGGAGAGUGUGGAAAAAGGGGAGGUUAUAUGGAGGUUACUGGGUUCAGUGCUGAUGUCAGGGAGCAAAUAUACAAAGUGGCAUCUGUGAAUCUGUGUUCUAACAUCUCUGGUCAAAUUCUUGCUAGCCUUGUCAUGAGUCCACCUAAGGUUGGAGAUGAAUCCUAUGAAUCAUACCGUGCUGAAAGAGAUGGAAUCCUCUCAUCUUUAGCAAGGCGUGCAAAGACACUGGAAGAUGCAUUUAAUAAGUUGGAAGGUGUAACAUGCAAUAAGGCAGAAGGUGCAAUGUAUCUCUUCCCCCGAAUUUGCCUGCCUGAAAAGGCAAUCAAAGCUGCUGAAGCAGCAAAAACAGCACCAGAUGCAUUUUACUGUCACCGUCUCCUCACUGCUACUGGAAUUGUUUUUGUUCCUGGUUCUGGCUUUAGGCAGGUCCCUGGCACUUGGCAUUUUAGGUGCACAAUUCUCCCUCAAGAAGACAAGAUUCCAGCUGUUGUCACCCGUCUAACAGAUUUCCAUAAAAGUUUUAUGGAUGAAUUCUGUGACUAAGUCUAAAGGUAGACAUGGUAAGAAUUCUGAAUAAGACGUGCCCUUUUCUUUUUCAUACAGAUGCAUGGACACCAGCGUUCUUUUUUUUCCUUUUUUUCCCAUUCAAUGGAACAACACACCAACUUUGUUGACUUGUUCACCGAGUCUUUACAAUUUUAAUAUCUUAAUAAAAAAACCAUGUGAUCAUUUAUUUAUAACAA